AUAGAGAGGAGAAACCUGCAGUCUCUCAAAUCAUCUAGAUCUCUGCCAGUCCACCACCAUGUACCUGAACCUCCUCAUCCUCCUCCAACUCCUUUCCUCUGCUGGAGCCUCUGAGAGUGGUAUUGUGGGUGGUAAGAUAGCUAAGCCCCACUCAAGGCCCUAUAUGGUCUCUCUGCAACACAGAGGAUACCAUGUUUGUGGAGGAAUGCUCAUCCGGGAGGACUUUGUCCUGACUUCAGCACACUGCUUGAAAAAUGCUUAUCCUUUAACGGUGGUUCUUGGAGCUCACGACCUAACCAAAGAAGAGAAGAAGAGUCGGCAAGAGAUUCAGGUGGUACAUCACCAUCGCCAUCCUUUGCACGGACAAUAUAGCCAGCUCACUUAUGACAUCAUGCUACUCCAGUUAAAGACUAAAGCAAAACUGAACAGGUAUGUAAAAGUCACUGGACUCCCAAAGAAGGAUGGAUCAACCCCAGCAAACAUCAAGUGCUCCGUAGCUGGUUGGGGCAAGACUAACUCGAACAACAACCAGGGUUCUGGCGUUUUGAUGGAAGUGGCGGUGACGUUGGAGGAUGUCUCUGAAUGCAAGAAGGUGUGGCAGAAAUACUUUGACAAAAAACAAAUGAUGUGCACUCGUACUACCGGAGGGAAAGGAUUUUGUCAGGGAGAUUCAGGGGGACCUCUUAUUUGUAACAACAAGGCACAGGGUAUCGUUGCUUUUAAUUAUCUUGAGAGAUGUGAUGAUUCCCGAUAUCCUCAUGUGUUCAUGAAAAUCCCUUUCUUCAUGCCCUGGAUUAAAGAGGUGUUACACGGAUAUGGUGCCAACAUGUCUUUAAACAAGCAGGAAUAAAGGACUAGGAAGUACAUUGAUGCUAGUGUACUAACAUAAUGGUAUCUAUUCCUGCACAAAUACACUUCUCAUCAUGCCCUGGAUAGAGGACAAGUUUCUGAUAAAGCUAAACCUUUACCCGUUCAUAGUUGUUAGAGUACUAACAUAAUGGUAUCUAUUCCUGCAUAAAUACACUUCUCAUCAUGCCCUGGAUAGAGGACAAGUUUCUUAUUUUUAUCAUUUUGUUUCCAUUUAAAACACAUUUGUAACUGAUUUUAACUGAUUAUAACUGAUUUUCUUGUUUUUAUAUAUUUUUUUGGUAAUUAGUAAUUAGAAAAUAAUUUAAAAGAUAAAGCAAAACCUUUACUCUGCCAUUGUUGUUAUUUUUGGAUAGUCCAUCUGUGUCCUGACCGUAGAUUGCUUUGUAUGUUUCUAUUUUUAGUUUGAUCAGGGUGUGA